AUAAAAAACUUUUAGUCAUAUAUAAAAUUAAUAAUUUUCUAGAUGUUUUUAUUAAAACUUUACAUAUUUAAUUUUGUAAUGUUUUCUGUGAUGAUGUGUACAAAUUCAAAGACGAAUUUAGAAAAAGUAGAUCAGUUAGAUACUAUGUUAAUGUAUUCGGGAUGGAAAAAUCUAAAUGAGUUGAUCUCCGUAACAUAUUACAAUAGAAUAUAUCAUCUUCAAAAUUUGAUUAAUACACCUACUCAUAUUCAUAAAGUUGGUCAAAAAAUAAGAGCUUUGACUAUAUUUAUUGGAUGUACAUACGCAAAAGUUAUGAAUGAUGUAUUAUUAAUUAUAAGCAAAAUCCUAAAAGAAUGUCAACAAAUUUUUAGAGAAAAUAUUGACAUUACAAAGGGAUGUAUUUGCACUGAAGAACUCAUAAACAUAAUAUCAUUAUUUAUUACUCCAUUGGCUACAUUGUUAAAAGGAGCUAUGGAUACUUUGGAUUUACUACAUGCAUUACCUUUGGCAUAUCAAAAACAUAACUACCUGGUAAGUCCUGAAUUAGGAAGAAUGGGAGAUAUUCUUUUCAAUUUAAAUAUACAAACACUAUCACGUAAUGAUAUAUCUUCAUACACUAGGACAUUAUAUAAUAUAGAGGUAUUUUAUGAUAUCACAUUGAAAUCUUUAUAUCAUGACACUGAAAUCUUUUGUGAAUUUGUAAAUUUUAAUACGAAUUCUGUAUGGAAAGAAUGGGAAGAAGAAUAUAAAGCCAUUAUUUACCACAAUGUAAAAUUAGAGUUUUUAAGAUUCUUUAAAAGAAAAAUUAAGAAUUAUAUCAAGAAAAUAAUUAUAGAAAAGUAUUUUCAACUGGGAUUUAAAUUUGACCCAACCACAGAAGAAACGUUUUUAUCAACACCAAACAAAUCAAUUGAUCUUGAAUUGGAAUUUAAAGACAUUGAUGAAAAGCCUCCAACGUUAAUACAAAUAGAAAAUCAUCAAUUGUUUUAAUAAAAUAAAAUUUGUUUUUAUUAAUGUUUAAUAAUUAAUCAUAAUUCACAUAAUAAAUGUAUAAAUAUUUAAAUAAUCAUUAAAAUAUAAUAAUAUGAUUCUAUUUUAAAU